ACCAAACCACAAAAAUGGCUGGAGAGCAGGAAAAUACCGUGAAGCAUAAAUCUCAUCGAGAUCGCAAUGCGGGGCGUAAAGCCGAGAAGAAAAAGUCGAAAAAGACCCACAUCCAAGAGUUAACCGACAAACAGAAGAACCCCAAGGCAUUCACUUUUAAUUCAGCGAUAAAAGCUGAAAGAAGAUUCAGACGCAAACAAGACAUAGAAACAAAGAAGCAGCACAUUCCCUUGGUGGAUAGAACCCCCUUGGAACCUCCACCAGUUUUAGUCGCAAUCGUAGGUCCCCCGAAAGUAGGAAAAUCUCUGGUUAUUCAAUGCCUCAUCAAAAGCUUCACCAGGCAUCCUUUAACCAAUAUCGUUGGUCCCGUCACGGUCGUAUCCGGAAAAAAACGGAGAAUCACUUUUAUUGAGUGUAACAACGACAUCAACAGUAUGAUUGACAUUGCCAAAGUCGCUGAUUUGGUUCUGCUACUGGUCGACGCUUCUUUUGGAUUCGAAAUGGAGGUUUUCGAAUUCCUAAAUAUUUGCCAAGUUCAUGGCAUGCCUCGAGUCAUGGGAGUUCUCACGCAUUUGGAUAUGAUCAAGAACGCGAGACAACUCAAGAAAACGAAGAAAUCGCUCAAACAGAGAUUCUGGACGGAAGUUUACGCUGGAGCAAAACUGUUUUAUCUUUCUGGAGUCCUGCAUAAUGAGUAUCUUCGGAAUGAGGUGAAAAAUUUGGCGCGAUUCAUUUCUGUGAUGAAAUUCAGACCUCUUACGUGGAGAACAACACAUCCGUAUUUGUUGGCUGAUAGGAUUGAAGAUCUGACGAGUCCAGAAGAGAUGCGGAAGAAUCCGAAAGUUGAUAGGACUAUCAGUUUAUACGGAUAUGUGCGUGGUGUUCCUCUAAAGAAGGAUUCCUCAGUUCACAUACCAGGAUGUGGAGAUCUACAAAUCAAGGAUAUCUGUUUCCUGCCAGAUCCUUGUCCUCUUCCAGGAACGAUAAAAAAGCGAGCUCUCAUUGAGAAAGAGCGGCUAGUCUACGCUCCUUUUUCAGGCGUUGGUGGAAUUGUCUAUGACAAAGAUGCGGUCUACAUAGACUUGGGCGGAAGUCAUUAUCACAAAGAUGACACGGGUUUGCUGAGCUCUCUCCAGAAUCCGGAAGAAAUGCUGGAUGAAAAACUCGAAAAGAGUGAACUGAAAUUAUUCAGCGACAGUGCACCGAUCAAAUCAAAGGACGUUGAUGACAACGUUUUCGGUAUAACGAGUGAAAAUGUUGUAGAAGAUGGCAGGGUGAGACGGAAAGUUAUCUUCAAGGAUAAUCCAGAAUCCGCUGAUGACAAGGCAGAUUUGAACGAUAGUGAUGCCGAAGAUAUAGAAGAAGAUGAAGAUAUAGAAGAAGAUGAAGAAGAGGGCGACGAUGAAGAAAAUGAAUAUGAAGAUGAUGAUGAUGAUUAUAAAGGGGAUUUAAGAACUAAAAGAAAAUCUGGAGUUAAAAAGUCCAAUUCGAAGAGAAAGAAGACCGAAGAUUCGAAUGAUGAAAGUUCCGAUGAUGAUUUACAAGAACGCGAGCCAGAAGUCAAAAUAAAAAGGAAAAAGAAUGAGGAUACGCAAGUGAAUCAGCCUUCAAGUGGAAUUAAGGACACUUAUAUCAAAGAUAGAAUUGCAGAAGCUCUUUCUUUGAUAGGUGGAUCAAAAGGUUCCAAGUCGAAGGACAAAAACAUCAACGAUGAUGAAGAAAGCUUUGACGAAUUGAGCGGGGAUGAACGAGAAAAUAUGAGUUUAGAUGAGUCUGAUAGAGGAUCAAUUUAUGAUGAGGAUGAUAAGAAAGAUCAAGAAGGAGGUGAGAAUGAAGAAGAUGAUAACCUGCGAUGGAAGAACAACUUGGCGCAAAAAGCUCGUGAAUCAUUUCUUAAUCGUCAGCGAGAAAAUGUGAAUAUCGAGAAGAUCGUAUACGGUGUUUUCGAUAAGACUUACGUAGAAGAAGACGAAAAUGAAGACGCGGAAGAUACUGAAGAUAACGUCGUUGGCGGAAUAUUUCACGUGGUUAAGCAGCAGCAGCAACAGAAAUUGAAAACCCGAGAGCUUAAAAAUCAAGUUGAUUCUUCAUUUUUCUCGACGGAGACGCCGCAAGACUGGUUAACACUGGAAAACAAAGCUCUAUUAGUUAAUCGAUUUGUCACGGGAAAAUGGAAAGAAUCCGAAGACGCAGAAGAGCUUUUGAAACUGGACGAUCUAAAUGAGGACGAUGUCUAUGGGGAUUUUGAGGAUUUGGAGACUGGCGAAAAGUUUCAAGGAAAAUCUGCGGAUGGUGAAAAAGUGCCUGCGGAAGUAGAUGCAGACGAGAAGGAAAAGAUGAAAAAGCUUCUCGAGAAAAAGCUUAAACUCAAAAAAGAGUUUGAGGCUGAGUAUGACGAGAACGACAAGUCUUAUUACGACGAUUUAAAAAAGGAAGCGGAAAAGCAAUCCCAACUGAACAAAUCGGAAUUCGAAGGCUUGGACGAUGAAGUGAGAGUUCAGCUGGAAGGCUACCGACCUGGAAUGUAUGUUCGAGUUGAAUUCGACUCAGUUCCUUACGAAUUGAUCGAACAUUUAGAUCCCUCGUACCCUAUCGUCGUUGGAGGAUUACUACCCGGAGAACAGAACAUCGGUUACGUUCAAGUGAGGAUAAAGAAGCACAGAUGGUACCCAAAAAUCCUGAAAAGCAGGAAUCCUCUGAUAGUGUCAGUCGGUUGGAGAAGAUUUCAGACCAUUGCCAUCUUCUCCAAGUUGGAAGAUAACCUUCGAAACCGAAUGUUGAAGUACACACCUGAGCACGUAGCUUGCAUGGGUCACUUCUGGGGUCCAAUAACACCUCAAAAUUCGGGAAUCCUGGCGGUGCAAGAUGUGGCGACGAGAGAACCUGGAUUUAGGAUAGCAGCUACUGGAACUAUCGUUGAAACGAACAAGACGACGACAGUUGUUAAGAAGCUGAAACUCGUUGGUGCCCCUCUGAAAAUUUACAAAAAAACGGCUUUCAUCAAAGACAUGUUUAACUCGGCUCUGGAAGUCGCCAAGUUUGAGGGAGUUAGGAUAAAAACCGUCUCGGGAAUUCGAGGUCAGAUCAAGAAGGCGAUUUCCAAACCAGAAGGAUGUUUCCGAGCAACUUUCGAAGACAAAGUACAGUUGAGUGACAUUGUGUUUUGCCGCACUUGGUAUAAAGUAGACAUACCAAAGUUCUACAACCCAGUGACGUCUUUGCUUCUGCCACCUAACGAGAAAAAUCAGUGGCGCGGAAUGAAGACGAUUGGUCAGCUCAAGAGGGAAAAGAUGAUUCAAGCACAGCCGAAUGUGGAUUCGCUUUAUGUCCCAAUUGAAAGGGAAAUCAAGGUCUUCAAGCCUCUAUUUGUUCCUAGGAAUUUGCAGAAGGACCUUCCGUAUAGAGACAAGCCUAAGCUUCCACCAGUGCCAGGAAAGAGGAAGCAGAGGGUGGAGGAAAAACGAGUUGCGGUUGUUCGAGAACCGAAGGAGGAGAAUAUUGAUAAGUUGAUGAAGAUGAUUAAAACGACGUACGAUUAUAAGCAGGAGAAGGAGAAGCAAGCGACGCAUAAGAGAAUGAAGGCCUAUCAAACGAGAGUUGAAAUUGAAGAAGCUAAGAAAUUUAAGAGGCAGAAAGAACUGAAGAAGCAGGUUUUCCGCACUCUGAGUAAGAUGGACGCUAAGAACAAGGACAAGCGGUGAAAUUGUGACGAAGGUAAAAAUAGUUUCUUUUGUAAAUAAAUGAAAGGAUGUUCGAUUCUUAA